GGAGUAAAUAGCCGCUUCCAGAGCCAGAAUCCGAAGACUAUGUCGCAGACGCGUCCUGAGAGCACACAAGAGUGAGAAGACAACGAGCUGUGUGGACCAGAUGGCAGAUGAAAUGACACUCAGAGCUGAGGUUAAAGACAAAGGGAGAGUAAACAUUGCCAAGGAGAGCUCUUGCUGGGUGAGAGGAGACAGGGUCCAAAGUGAAGCUCAAGUCAGCAACUGGAGAUUCGAUUCGACAGCAGAAUCUGAGCCUGGGGACACGAGUAGAGAGACCGAAGCUCAGAGGUCCAGAGAGUGCGACAGAUCCUCUACCCCUCUGUUCUCUUUGAAAAUGUACCUGAAGAGAGUUUCCUCUGCAGCAUCCUCCAGCACCGACUCUCUGUCUCCCUCUCAGCAGAGCAACAUGGGAGUUGACUGCGCAGGAAUUGUCCUAAAUUGCCUCUUCUGCCGCUUCUAUGAUAUGAUCCUCAUGUUACCUGCUUCCUGCGAGAGAGUUGCUCAUAACUGCUGCCCCAACUACAGACAAGUGGAGGAGUCUUUACCGAGCUCGGACGAUGACUCACGCGUUGACUGGGACUGUGGUCUGCUUAGUGCCUGUCAAGAUGGAAGUGAUUGCCUGGAGCUGGCUAUGGAGGUUUCCGAAAUAUGCUACCACUAGUUGCAGACAACUUAAUCACAAUAAGGAACUGGCUGGAUUAUCAAAGAUCAGACUGACUCAUGUGAAGGGGAGGAUUUCCAAAAGCGAAAAUACAU